AUUUACCGCUUUCCGCAUAUCCCACCGCCACGCGAAAUGGAGCUAAUAACUGUCGAGGAGAUGACCGAGCUUAUUCACACCUUUUCCCAAAUAAAUUUUCAAAAGGAGGUGAAUCCCCAACCCUAUGUGGAGGUGAACAACGACGACCAUAGGUAUGGCGAAUGGAAGCUGCCCGAGGGGACAAAGUCCUCGAUGGAGAGGGCCUAUGAAAUCAUGCGGGAGCUUAAGAACUGUCCCUACCCGGAGUACAUUCAGCCGCCGCGCCCGAGGGUGCACUGCAGCCCCUUCCAAGAUUUGAUGCCCGUUGCGUUCACCAGCGAGAGACGAAUCUUCGACGACGUCAAGGAGGAGAUCGAAGCUAUUACGAAUGCGGCGCGGGACCGAGCAGCCGGAAUCGAGCCACCCUGCGAGGGAGCCGUAGGCUACAACGACGACUACUACGAGGCCAGCAUGAUGAUCAAGGUGUACAAAACGGACCACAUGUCGAGCCCCAGACCCCCAAUGGACUUUCAUCCGUUUUGUUUGGAUAUCGAAGUCACCGAAAACGAUUCUGGGCAGAACCGCAUGCCCACCGGCAGGCUCUUUGCAAAGAACCGUCCUCUUUCGAUCACAAGCAAGAGGUUGAAGCGCAAGAAGAACGGUCGCAGCCGGCGCCACGCGGCACGCAAUGUGGACUCGGGUCCGAUCCUGAUGUCUCGCUACUGCCCCAUCGUGGAGCUGGAGGACAUUCCGACAUAUUCAGAAUACAACAGUGAAUACGAAGAGCUUGAUCAACGUUCGGAGGGGUACUUGGUUGGAUCCACGUUCAACAGCGCAGAAGCCGAUGCACUUUCCGUUCAGAGUUUGUUCCUUCUAGGCCACUCCCCUACUCAGCGUUCAUAUCCACCUUCCUGGGGCUCUGGUCCAUUUUCCGAGGAUGAAUUCUAAGGACUCUAUGGACUGAACCUCGGAUCGAACAAUUCACACACUCAAUCACCAGCAGCAGAGAAAACACCAACACCAAGAACUACACCAACACCAAGAACUACACCAA